CGAUUUGACGUUUCGUUACGGAAAAGUAGAUGUAAACAACUUGAAAAAAAUAAACAUCGUCAUUGUCUGUGCGAAACAGAUUUGCAAGCAUUUCAUCACGCUUUUUUCCAUUGUUCCGCUUCAUUCUAUCCAAGCAACAUGUUUCAGUUCAAUGGGUUCAAUAUGAUGUUUCCGGACCACUCUCGCCCGUUCAAUACGACGUACAAAUGUUACUCCGUAUCGAUGCUGCCAGGCAACGAGCGACAGGAUGUGGAAAACGGGGGCAAAAUCAUUAUGCCACCAUCAGCACUGGAUCAGCUGACGAGGUUGAACGUGGUGUAUCCGAUGCUGUUCAAGAUCACGAACGGUUCGAUCAAUCGUAGUACACACGCGGGCGUGCUGGAGUUUGUGGCGGACGAAGGCAAGAUCUACAUGCCUUACUGGAUGAUGCACAAUCUCGCACUGGACCAGGGUGACAUCGUGGAGAUCGAGAGCGUUUCCAUCCCGGUGGCCACGUAUUCGAAAUUCCAGCCGCAAAGCGUUGAGUUUCUGGACAUUACCAACCCGAAGGCGGUGCUGGAGAAUUGUCUGCGAAACUUUGCCUGCCUGACGACGGGUGAUCUGAUUGCGAUUAAGUACAACAACACUUCGUACGAGCUGUCGGUGCUAGAAACGAAGCCCGGCCCAGCCGUUACGAUCAUCGAAUGUGAUAUGAAUGUGGAGUUUGCUCCACCGGUCGGUUACACGGAACCGGAGCGUAGGGAAAAGGAGGAAGAACCCAUGACGAUCGACCCGACGGAGUUGAUGCCCGAACCGACCGGAUUCGUUGCGUUCAAGGGCGACGGUACGAGGUUGGAUGGGAAGAAGAAGAAGGACAACGGAUCGAACGAUGCUGCCCCGGUACAGCGGCAGGCGUACGUACGAGGCAUCCCCGAUUACGACCACCCGUACGGAUUGCUAAGGUUCGAUCGAAGCGUCAGGAAAGCGGACCAAAUCGAGUCGAAGCUGGAGGACAGUAAAUUCCAAGAGUUCCAGGGAGAGGGCUACAGCAUGAAGAAGAAUCGAAAAUAGAUGAGCCGAGCCCAAUCGAGAUCUCCCGCUAAUCAAUGAACGAUUGUCGCUAUUGUGUGCUAUUGUACCGACGAUUUUGUUUUCGUGUGUUGUAAACAUUAUAUUUCCGUCUCUUCAUAAUCGAACUUAUAAACUCCUGUGGUAGAUAAAAUCGUAAACUGAA